UUUAUACUGUAAUAAAAUCUUUGGUAUAACGCGAAAAUGUUUGUACGAAUAAAAGAUGAUCGCGUGUAACUCCGUUAAUAGAUUCUUAUCAAGUCGUAUGGUAAUCCUUUAGCCGUGGUUAUCAGGGAGGACUAAGAAAUAUUUUGAGAAAUUGUUAUUGGUCACCAGCUAAAGGAAUACCAAUCAGUUACAACAAUCAGCAGAUUUGUUUAUAUAUGAUCUAUAUACUUGGUUAUCAAGGAAGUUUUAAUUUUAUUUGCACACGUCACCAUCGCCAAUAUUAAAGUCGGCAGAGUAUGACGAAUUGACAGGAGCACCUGCAUUUUGAUUGCAUGACUAAGGUUUCUUUAAGAAGUCAGGAUCAUCAGUAUUUAAAUAGACUAUUGCUCAGUUUAAAGUAAGAUUUUAAAAGAUGGCCACUUCGGCAAGACCUCGAGUCGCCAGUGCUGAACAUAAAAUACCGCAUCGAAGGAUUGAAGAUGAAACGAUCAUUGAAGAGAUGUAUUCGUUUGGUGACAAACUUGGUCAAGGGAGUUUUGGCAUCGUUAUUGAGGCAUGUAACUUACAAACCAAACAAAAGUGGGCGAUUAAGAAAGUCAACAAGGAAAAAGCUGGUAGCUCUGCAAUUACACUGCUUGCAAGAGAAGUUACAAUUUUAAAACGAGUAAAACACGAAAAUAUUAUUCACCUUGAAGAAGUUUUUGAGACAGCACAAAAAAUGUAUCUUGUGAUGGAAUUGUGCGAGUUUGGUGAAUUGAGAGGUCUUUUAUUCAAAACUGGACCUUUUACUGAAAUCUCUGCACGAUACAUCAUUAAGAGUCUUGCUGAUGCAAUUGUAUACCUUCAUAAAAAUGGAAUAGUCCAUCGUGACUUAAAAUUGGAAAACAUACUGAUAGCAAGUUGCUCAGAUACAAACGGUGAAAAUCCAUUGUAUGAUAUUAAAUUAACAGACUUUGGCUUGUCAGUUGUCAAGGGUGGUGUUGGAAGCGAUGCCAUGUUACAAGCAUCAUGCGGCACCCCUGUCUAUAUGGCUCCAGAGGUGAUUCAGAAUCAUGAUUAUUCUCAACAAUGCGAUAACUGGAGUAUUGGGGUGAUACUGUACGCACUGCUUGCAAGGGAUUUCCCUUUUGUUGCUGAAAAAGAAGAUCGACUGUUUGAACUUAUUAAACUUGGAAAGGUAGAUUUCUCAAAACCUGUUUGGACACCCAUAUCAAAAUCAGCAAAAAACUUGGUUUGCAAGUUGCUAAAUGUUGAUCCUGCACAUCGCUUGACUGCGAGUGAAGUUGCCAGCCAUCCAUGGACGCUUGGUAGUAAUGAUUCAUCAAGCAACCCAACAAAUGUUCUUGAUAUGAUGAAAGAUUAUGCAAAAGAAAUGGCAGGAAAUGAUGUUGAAGAUCAGGAUGAGUUUGACCAAUCUGCAGACGAACAUUACAGUGACCACAAUUCCAAAAGACCAGAAUCAUCAGGUGGUGCAACCCCUUUGCACACUACUCAUGGAAAAUCAAAAAAAUCAACAAAAUCUGCUCCUUUAUCAACAGCAGGUCAUUCCCAUCCACCAAACAGUCGACCUCCCGUACCCACAUUACACCAUACUUCACAACUUCAUACAGAUGUUUGCCGGCGUGGCAGUUUACCUGUAGAUUUAAAGCAUUCUUCAGCAAAAAGUUUAGGUGUUCCGCGAAAGAUAUAUGAAAACAAAGUAAUGGGAAACAGCGGCACCCACCAACAUACUCCAGCAAGUUCUUCAAAUCGAGUUAAAUCCGCUCGUUCACCAACACAAAGUAAAUCUGUGAAUGUAAGUAACGGAAACAAAACUACCCAAGCAACAGAGUUUGGGACAAAUCUACACCCACAUAGUCGGUUAAAGACUGAGACUUCAAGUCGCUUGCAACCCGGUGCUCGCUCCCACACACCAGUAUCUGACAAUGGUGCGUAUGCACGGUCACACAGCCCUCAACCCGUGGGUGUUUCUUCGCCGCUGCUAACGCCUAGGUUCCAAAACGAUACCACACGAACUGGUCUCCAUUCCGGAACAAAGUCCAAAAAGAAACGACCGACUCACAUCGCUCCAGCUACAAAGCGAUGACCAUAACAUGGGGCUUCACUGUACGUGUUAUUUAUCAAAAGAUAUUGGACAAAUCAAAAUGUAGCUUUUGCCAAAAUCAUCACUUGUCCAUUUAUUCAUCAUACAGUGUUAGAACAGAUUAUAUGUUUCAUGUAAAAUAAAUAGAUAUGUUGAAUGAAUAAAAUCCUACAUAUGAA